CACACACUCCUCCCACACCACCGCCAGCGACCUCCGCGGCAGGCGCAAUGGCAUCCAGACAGCCACGCGGCGGGCUUGCCUCCAUCGCCGGACCUGCUUCAAUGGCAAAACCUGCACCGGGCGAGGGCCAGUCCGACGAUGCCACCGGCUCCGCCAAUGCCAUGGGUGCGCCACCGAAUAAGAAAAAGAAGCAUCGCGCUGGUCGGAAGCAUAGGAAACCCCGGCGACAGAGCUUUAUUGCUCCCUCCGAGGCUGCGACCGAGGACACGACUGAUAUGCAAGAUCGACCGAGUUUGCUGGAGGCAUCGCACCAUGCGUCGCAGAGGGACAGCUUCUACCGCGUGCAGAACUCGACGAGGCGUGGGAGCCAUACUAGUCUGGAGAGCGAGGCGCUCCUGGACCACCGCGAACACGCCCCGCUGAGUCGCAGGAGGGAUACUAUGCGACAAGGCUUUGCUCGAGCGGCCUUGCCCUUUGCACGCCAUCAGCAUCGCCCAUCUGAUGCCUCUGCGAAGGCAGGAGGAGGAGGAGGAUCAGGCAGGUCGCGUCCCGCGCACACGGAAGAGUCUGUCAUCAGUGAAGACGAGGAAGAUGAGCAUCGUGGCACCGAAAGGUCUCCUCUGCUCGGCAAUAAAGCCCGCACGAAGCCGCAUGUUUCACGUGCGAACAGUGGUUUACAAGGCGGCACGCACAGCAGCAAUGGGAAUACUACAAGAACACGACAUGAGUCUUCACCCUCGAAGACAUCAUCUCCCAGAGGAGCACCGCUGGAGAUUCUUACUGCGACUCGCAAUCCCCAACCAGAUGGUGACCACGAUGUCAAUAACCCUCCAUCGGUGCCUGGCUCUCCAACCCUGGGUAUAACCGAAGACUUGUACAUUUACGGACUCGGAUCGAGCUUGUCAGAGCGUGGCAGAGAUGCUGUGAUCCAUAUCAGCGAGGACGAAGCAGAUCGUGAACUUGAUAACAGAUCCCCUGAAAGUAUGCGACGUCGACCUACCCUGGCCCAGCUAGCUGAACGUGACGUCUGCUUUCCUGGGGACGACGAUGCUACAGAGCAUGGCGAGGAAUCUCCACAUGCAUCCCAGCGAGAGGCAUCGGUCAAGCCAAGACGCAGACGAGGCCGCAAGUUCCCGGACUUGGAGGUGCUGGAGGAGUGGAGCCGCGAGGAGAAAGAAGCACGAACUCAGCAGGAAGUGCAGCGUGCAAAGAAGAUAUCUGAGCCCGUCAUGAUUGGUGGUCGUUUGCGUCCUGCGAAGACUGCCUGGCAUGCGGAGGCAGAAAAUUCGCCAUUCAGGUUCACGUACUUCAACGAGAUGCUCGAUGGCACCAUACAUGCUCGAACUAUCAGUGAUUUACAAGACGACAUGACUUUUCAUGAGCUAUUCAUUCCGGAUCCCAUAGAACUAAGUGAUGAUAGCGACGACGAGGACGAACACGACGAAGGCGCCAUAGAGCGUCCCACCCUCCACAAGCUUCGCCGUGCUUCAAGUGUCGGCAGGUCAAAGCAUGCUGAUGCUGUCAGCCAGAACGGCGAUCCUCCACGACCAGCCUCGAUUGCACGGGGCUCAAUUGUGGAGAGUAUGGCUAACAGCAAGUCUGCUGCUGAAUCAGCUCCUGUAUCUGGUGGUGAUUCUGGCAACGUGACCCCGAAAGGUCAGCGGAAGCGCUAUGGGCCCCGGCCAACUUUCUGGCUGGAUGUUCUCUCGCCUACAGAGAACGAGAUGAAGGUCUUGUCGAAGGCUUUCGGAAUUCAUCAGUUGACGUCUGAGGAUAUACUCAUGAACGAGCAGCGUGAAAAGGUCGAACUGUUCCCAUCCUACUACUUCGUCAAUUAUCGGACUUUCGAACAAGACAAGGACAGCGAAAACUACAUGGAGCCCAUCAAUAUGUAUGUCAUUGUCUUCCGAGAUGGUGUCAUCACCUUCCACCACUCCAUGAGCCCACAUCCAGCCAAUGUUCGACGACGGAUUCGCCAGCUGAGUGAUUACAUGAGCCCUACCGCCGACUGGAUCAGUUACGCAAUCAUUGACGACGUCACUGACGUAUAUGCACCACUGGUCACGGAGAUUGAGCAAGAAGUCGACGACAUUGACGAAGAAAUUCUGCUCAUGCACCAGGAAUCCGAUCCUAAUGCCAUUGAGCAGGCCAAGUUCGAGCAGAAGCAGAAAGAAGGCAAGGCGAAAGGCGAAAAGAGGCGAGAAAGUAAUGCUAGUGCAACCACAAUCGACGCCGGGAAGAAGAAGAACAGUGGCGGCGACAUGCUGAGACGUGUCGGCGGCUGCCGCAAGAAAGUCAUGAGUUUGUAUCGUCUGCUCGGCAACAAAGCAGAUGUUAUCAAGGGGUUCGCAAAGCGCUGCAAUGAACACUGGGAAGUUGCACCACGCUCAGAGAUUGGUCUUUAUCUCGGAGAUAUCCAGGAUCAUAUCGUGACCAUGACUGGGAAUUUGUCGCACUAUGAGAGCCUCCUCUCCCGAGCUCACGGUAACUACGUCGCUCAAAUCAACAUCCGCAUGAACGAACGUGCCGAGACGAAUGCAGACGUCCUGGGCAAGCUUACUGUCCUAGGAACAAUUGUGCUUCCCAUGAACAUCAUCACGGGAAUGUGGGGCAUGAACGUCUGGGUCCCCGGACAAGAGUAUGAGGGCGAUCUUAGUUGGUUCUUUGCCAUCACCGCCGGUCUGGCCGCUUUCGGAUUCAUAUGCUACUUCAUUGCGAAGAAGGUUUAUGGUAUUGUAUAACCAUAUUCCAAAUUCGUCAUGGAAUUUUGGAAAGUAUUGUUAUCAAUACCUCGUAGGGCAUUCUGUAUAAAACAAGAUGGGAUGGGGCGGCAGCUGGGGGGCAGGGAGAGAGACGUUUCAGUCCUGACCAUGAGGACAAAGUAUAGAGUACAUGUAGAACACAAGUGAGGCGAAUGUGGGUGAAACAGUACGAAGGAUCGAUUGUUACAAACAGCAAACACGACUAAGGAAUGGAACGGAAUGGGAUCAAGAUGAAAUUGUCAAGAGUAGGUGGUAUACAUGUUACUUUUUUUAAAUGAAAUGAUC